AUGGAGGUCAGGAGUCGGAGUGCCGAGGAACUGCGGCGGGCGGAAUUGGUGGAGAUCAUCGUGGAGACGGAGGCACAGACCGGAGUCAGCGGCAUCAACGUAGCGGGUGGUGGCAAGGAGGGAAUCUUCGUCCGCGAGCUGCGCGAAGACUCGCCAGCAGCCAGGAGCCUCAGCCUCCAGGAAGGGGACCAGCUGCUCAGCGCCCGUGUGUUUUUUGACAACUUCAAGUACGAGGAUGCACUACGCCUGCUGCAAUGCGCCGAGCCCUACAAGGUCUCCUUCUGCCUGAAGCGCACUGUGCCCACCGGGGACCUGGCGCUGCGGCCCGGGACCGUGGCUGGCUACGAGAUCAAGGGCCCGCGGGCCAAGGUGGCCAAGCUGAACAUCCAGAGUCUGUCCUCAGUGAAGAAGAAGAAGAUGUUGGUGCCUGGGGCCCUGGGGGCCCCUGCAGAUCUGGUCCCCGUUGACGUGGAAUUCUCCUUCCCUAAGUUCUCUCGGCUGCGUCGGGGCCUUAAAGUUGAGGCCGUCAAGGGCCCUGUCUCAGCUCUCCCUGCCCGCCGGCGCCUCCAAUUGCCCCGGUUUCGGGUCCGAGAAGUGGCUGGGGAGACUCAGGCAGCUAGGAUGGCUGCUGCUGCUCCUCCCCACAGAAAAACCAAGGAGGAGGCUGAGGUGGUAACAGGAGCCCGCUUCGCAGCACCCCAGGUGGAGCUGGUUGGGCCCCGGCUGCCAGGUGCUGAAGUGGGCGUCCCCCAGGUUUCAGUCCCCAAGGGGCCAGGGGAGGUGGCCCCCUCAGUGGAGGCAGCCAGUGGCUUUCCCCUCCACCUGCCAACUCUUGGGCUGAUAGCCCCAGCUCCACCGACUAAGGAACCCACGGUCGUGGGGAUCCAGGUUCCCCAAGUGGAGCUGCCCACCUUGCCUUCGCUCCCUACUUUGCCCACCCUUCCCUGUCUGGAGACCCAGGAAAGUGCUGUAGCAGUGACGGUGCCCACCCUGGACGUGGCAAUGCCUACUGUGGGUGUGGACCUGGCUUUGCCUGGCACAGAAGUGGAGGCCCGGGGAGAGGCACCAGAGGUGGCCCUGAAGAUGCCCCGCCUCAGUUUCCCCCGCUUUGGGGCUCGGGCAAAAGAAGUUGCUGAAGGCAAGGUAGCCAAGGGUAGCCCUGAGGCCAGGGCGAAGGGGCCCAGACUCCGAAUGCCCACCUUUGGUCUUUCUCUCUUGGAGCCCCGGCCUGCUGCCCCUGAAGCUGUGGUUGAGAGCAAGCUGAAGUUGCCUACCAUCAAGAUGCCCUCUUUUGGCCUUGGAGUGUCAGGGCCUGAAGUAAAGCUCCCCAAGGUCCCUGACGUCAAGCUCCCCAAAGUGCCUGAGGCGGCUCUUCCUGAUGUGCAGCUCCCAAAAGUGUCAGAGAUAAAAGUCCCAGAGAUGAAAUUUCCAAAGGUGCCGGAGAUGGCCGUGUCAGAGGUGCAGCUACCAGAGGUACAGCUGCCAAAAGUCCCUGAGAUGAAACUCCCGAAGGUACCUGAGGUGGUCGUGCCGGCUGUGCACCUCCCGGAAGUGCAGCUCCCAAAGGUUCCAGAAAUGAAACUUCCCGAGAUGAAACUCCCAAAGAUGCCCGAGGUGGCUGUACCGGAUGUAUGUCGCCUGGAGAUGCAGCUGCCAAAGGUGUCAGAAAUGAAACUCCCCAAGGUACCUGAGAUGGUCGUGCCAGAUGUGCACCUUCCAGAAGUGCAGCUCCCGAAGGUUCCAGAAAUGAAGCUCCCUGAGAUGAAACUCGCAAAGAUGCCCGAGAUAACUGUGCCAGAUGUACGCCUCCUGGAGAUGCAACUCCCGAAGGUUCCAGAGAUGAAACUUCCAAAGGUACCUGAGAUGACCGUGCCCGACGUGCACCUCCCAGAGGUGCAACUCCCAAAGGUCUCAGAGAUGAAAGUCCCCGACGUGAAGUUCCCAGAGAUAAAACUCCCCAAAGUGCCCGAGAUGGCUGUGCCCGAUGUGCACCUCCCGGAGGUACAGCUGCCAAAGGUGUCUGAGAUGCGGCUGCCAGAAAUGCAGGUGCCCAAGGCCCCAGAUGUGUGCCUUCCAAAGGCCCCGGAGGUGAAGCUGCCCAAGGCUCCAGAGGUUCAACUUAAAGUUGCCGGGACUGAGCAGGCUGAAUUUGAUUUCAAGAUGCCCAAGAUGACCAUGCCUAAGCUGGGGAGGCCAGGGUCCCCCCAACAAGGCAAGCCAGGCGAGGCAGGUGCUGGGGUCUCAGGGAAAUUGGUGACACUUCCCUGUCUUCAGCAGGAGGUGGGUGGCAAGGUUCAUGUGGCUGCACCUUCCCUCAAACUGCCCUCAGUGGAGCUAGACCUGCCAGGUGCCCUCAAUUUGGAGGGCCAGGUCCCAGUGGGUGCAGUUCACAAGGUGGAGCUGGCAAAGGGCCCUGGGGUGACAGCAGGGAUGGGAGAAGCCAGCUUCCGGAUGCCCUCUGUUGAGAUUGUUGCUCCACAGCUGCCCACAGUGGAGGCUGCGGAAGGGCGGCUAGAGAUGGUGGAGAUGAAAGUCAAACCCUCCUCCAAGUUCUCCCUACCCAAGUUUGGACUCUCAGGGCCAAAGGUGGCCAAGGUGGAGGCUGAGGGGGCUGGGCGAGCCACCAAGAUGAAGGUAUCCAAGUUUGCCAUCUCACUCCCCAAGGCUCGGGCAGGGACUGAGGCCGAGAUUAAAGGGGUAGGUGAGGUGGGCAUGCUGCCUGCCCUCGAUUUAUCUAUCCCUCAGCUCAGCCUGGACACCCAUUUGCCCAUGGGAAAGGUGGAGGUGGCAGGGGCUGAUGGCAAGCUCAAGGGGUCUAGGUUUGCGCUUCCCAAGUUUGGGGUCAGAGGUCGGGACAUUGAGGCUGGAGAACUAGGGGGAGCUGAGCUGGAGGGUAAGGGCUGGGGUUGGGAUGGGAAGGUGAAGAUGCCCAAGCUGAAAAUGCCCUCCUUUGGGCUGGCUCGGGGCAAGGAAGCAGAAGUCCAGGAGGGGCGCAGCAGCCCUGAGGAAAAGUCAGAGUCCACCACCAGGCAGCUUAAGCUUCCCGAGGUGGAGCUAGUCACAUUGGGAGCUGAAGAAGAAGGGCAGGCAGAGGGGGCACUGGCUGUCAGUGGGAUGCGGCUGUCAGGCCUGCAGGUCUCCACUACUGAGCACGUGGGCACUGAGGGCCAGGAAGGGGUUCUAAAGAUGUCCCCAGUGGGCAUUUCUCUGCCCCAGGUGGAGCUGACCAGUUUUGGGGAGAUGGGACCAGGUGGCACUGUGGGUCAGCAGGCCGAGGGUGCAGCCUCUUCAGCAGAAGGCACAGCUGGCUAUAGGGUCCAGGUGCCUCAGGUGACCUUGUCCCUGCCUGGAGCCCAGGUGGCCAGUGGUGAGCUGUUGGUAGGUGAGGGUGUCUUCAAGAUGCCCUCUGUAACUGUGCCCCAGCUUGAGCUGGACAUGGGGCUGAGCCGCGGGGCACAGGUAGGUGAAGCAGGCACAAGUGAGGGUGGGCUGAGGCUGAAGAUGCCCACUCUGGGGCCAGGGACUGGGGUGGGUGCAGAGGGGACUGAGGAGCAGCUGGCAGGGGCAGAGCACACCUUCCGCCUCACGCUGCCCGAUGUGGAACUCUCGACACCUGCCGUUGGCAGCCAUGCUGAAUACCAGGUGGCAGAGGGCGAGGGGGACACCGGGCACAAGCUCAAGGUGCGGCUGCCUCGGUUUGGCCUGGUGCGAGCCAAGGAGGCAGGCGAGGAGGGCGAGAAGGUCAAGAGUCCAAAACUCAGGCUGCCCCGUGUGGGCUUCAGCCAGGGUGAGGCAACCACUGGAGGGAGCUCCCCAAGCCCUGAUGAGGAGGAAGAAGAGGGCAGUGGGGAAGGGACAACAGGGCGUCGAGGCCGGGUCCGAGUCCGCCUGCCCCGUGUGGGGCUGGCUGCCCCUUCCAAGGCCUCCAGGGGGCAGGAGGGUGAGGGAACCGUCAAGUCCCCUGGCGCAGAGAAGUCACCCAAGUUCCGCUUCCCCAGGGUUUCCCUCAGCCCCAAGGCCCAGAGCCGGGACCGGGAAGAGGGUGGGUUCCGAGUCCGGCUGCCCAGUGUGGGGUUUACAGAGACGGGGGCUCCAGGCCCCACCCUGGUGGAGGGAGCUCCAGCUGCAGUCAUUUGA